AUGAUGAGUUCUAAUCAGGAGGAGGUCACUUUGGGCGCUUUUCUCCAGUAUAUUGAAGAUAUGGGGAUGAAGGCCUAUGAUGGCUUGGUUAUACAGAAUGCAUCAGACAUUGCUCGAGAGAAUGAUCGCAUGAGGAAUGAAACAAACCUGGCUUACUUGAAAGAAAAGAGUGAAAAACGCCGAAAACAAGAAGAAGCAAUAAAACGCAUAGGUGGGGAAGUAGUGAGAGGAAAUGAAGGAAGCUACGUGGGGAAACAUUUCCGCAUGGGAUUUAUGACGAUGCCUGCUCCUCAGGACAGACUGCCACAUCCUUGCUCCAGCGGUUUUACCGUGAGAUCCCAGUCUCUUCAUUCUGUUGGAGGAACCGAUGACGAAAGUAGCAGCUCUCGGAAGCAGCCGCCUCCAAAACCGAAGCGAGACCCCAACACCAAACUGAGCACCUCAUCCGAAACAGUCAACACUGGAACGACAAGUAAAAGUGGGAAACUACCGGACAGGACUGAAGUGUCAGCCAAACCGAGACCUCACAGCGAUGAAUACACAAAGAAGAUCCCACCUCCGAAGCCGAAACGGAAUCCAAACACUCAGCUAAGCACAUCUUUUGAUGAAACAUAUAUCAAAAAGCACGGCCCAACGAAGACGACGCUCACUAGGGACUCCUCGCUAUCGCAGGUCAGCAGUCCCGCCCCGGACACGGAGGAGGAAGAACCUGUUUAUAUCGAAAUGGUUGGGAAUAUUCUCAGAGACUUCAAAAAAGACGAGGACGACCAAAGCGAAGCAGUCUACGAGGAGAUGAAGUACCCGAUAUUUGACGACGUAGGCCAAGAUUCAAAAUGUCAAUGUGAAUAUGACCAUCACACUUGUUCUUCUCAGUGUGCUACUCCCACAGUGCCUGACCUCGAUUUCACCAAGUCUUCAGUGCCAUCGACUCCCAAGGGCUUGCUUUGUGAUAUCCCCCCACCAUUUCCAAACCUGCUUUCUCACAGACCUCCGCUGCUGGUGUUCCCACCAGCACCAGUGCAGUGUUCCCCCAAUUCUGACGAGUCUCCUCUAACUCCACUGGAGGUCACAAAGCUUCCCGUUUUAGAAAAUGUGUCUUACAUCAAACAGCAAGCUGGAGCUUCUCCAUCUUCACUGCCACCUCAUACACCAGGCCAUCAAAAACUGGAGAAAGACCAGACAGUAUCUCAUGGAACUAGCACCCCCGGGCACACCUCCUCACCUCCUCAUCCUUCUACCUUGUACAGAACACAGUCUCCACACGGUUAUCCUAAAAGUCACUCUGCCUCACCUUCUCCCGUCAGCAUGGGUAGGUCUCUUACCCCCCUAAGCCUCAAAAGACCUCCACCUUAUGACUCUGUACAUUCAGGAAGUCUCUCAAGAAGCUCUCCAUCAGUGCCUCAUUCUACAGCCAGAAACACAUUGCAAGAAGGAGGAAAGAUGGUAAACGCCUCAGUCAGCACCUAUGGGUCAUCAUCUCAGAGCGGCUCCCGCUCUCGGACACCCACCAGUCCUCUGGAGGAACUAACCAGCCUCUUCACCUCAGGACGAAGUCUCCUGAGGAAGUCCUCCAGCGGCAGAAGAUCUAAGGAGCCUGCAGAAAAGCCACUCGAUGAGCUGAAGAUCAGAAGUCACAGCACCGAACCCCUACCAAAGCUGGAAAACAAAGAGCGGGGAGGCCAUCACGGGACGGGUUCCUCCAGGGAGCCGGGGAAAGCUCAGGAAUGGGACGGGACGCCGGGCCCGCCGGUGGUGUCCAGCAGGCUGGGGAGGUCCUCGGUCAGCCCAACCAUGCUGGCUGGAGGCAACAGCUCAG